CUGGAGCCAUUUUUCGUUCUAGCGAGAGGGAGUUUGCAUCGCAUUUUAAUCGCUUACAUCGGGUGUCUUAGGCGUUAGCAAUUUCACUCAUAUUACAGCGAUGCAUUCCUAACACUGUGUGCUUUCAUCAUUUAUGAUUAUUUUAUAUCCUCUCGCUCGGAUUUGAUAGAAAACGAGCCUCAAAGCACAAGUGGGACAAAGGGAACCUGCGCCUCUGAGGAUCAUGAGAAAGGGGGGUUCCUCGGUCCCAGGACAAGUAAUGUUAACAGGGGUUGUUAGAGGUGAACAACACGGUGUUUUUAGCGCGGUUUCCGAUCGACGGUGUGCAUCUUAUUCCAAUGCAGCCCGUUUACAAAUAAACACACCGCCGUCCACUAAUAAUGUCUGUGUGCCCGAGGCUUCUGCUGACAGUUUGUACACAACUCCUCUACAAGGAGCGACACAUGGGACAGGACUGCGACCCACACUAGGACGACCACCGGCUAAAAGGAGGCUGGAGCUGGACAUCACAGACCACCAAUACAGCGAGCCAGCUAAAUCCCUUCGGAGUCGCAAAGGAGCUCUUAAACUGAAGGUCCCCAAAGCUCCCAAAACCCCACCGGAGAAGACCCGAUACGACACAUCCUUGGGGUUCUUGACUAAAAAGUUCUGUCAGCUCCUGGCGCAGUCCACCGAUGGAGUGCUGGAUCUCAAUAAAGCUGCCAUUGUGCUCAACGUCCAGAAGAGACGUCUGUAUGACAUCACCAACGUGCUGGAGGGGGUGCGCCUCAUCAAGAAGAAGUCAAAGAACAACAUACAAUGGCUGGGCUCCAGUCUGCCGUCAGAGGGUGGGCUUCCAUCUCCAGCCAUGCCGAGUCACAGCCUGGCCAGAGAGAUGCUGGCGCUCACUCAGGAGGAGAGAUGGCUGGAUGAGCUCAUUCAGACCUGCACACGAAACGUCCAGCAGAUGACUGAGGAGAUCCACAGUCAGCAAUAUGCCUAUGUGACCUAUCAGGACAUCCAAAGAAUAAAGAGCCUAAAAGACCAAACCGUCAUAGCGGUUAAAGCACCAUCGGAAACGAAGUUGGAGGUGCCUGACCCAAAGGAGAGUUUACAGGUCCACCUGAGUAGCUCCAAGGGUCCCAUUGAUGUUUUCCUCUGUACGGAUGGAGGUGACUCCGGGAGCCUGCUGCAAAACGGCCUUGAUGUGAAUGGAAAUCACCCUGCGUUUCUCAAAGUCUCCCAAGAAGCCGCUACAGAUGGAAUUGCUGAUGGUGUGAAGACGAACGGCAGCUCUAACGGUAGCGUCAAUGGUUAUGGGCCCCUAACUGGAAGUUCCCCCAUGUCACCCCUCAGUUCCUCCUUGUCCUCCAUUCUCCAACAGCCAGAGGAGUCCAUCCCCUUCGUGCCGCUGUCUCCUGCUCUUCUCAGCGAUGAAUACAUGCUGGGCUUGGGUGAUGAGCAGGGCAUAAGCGAUCUGUUUGACUCCUGCGACCUGGACACACUAGCGCUGGAUGACCUGCUCAGGAUAUGAGCAAACCCAGAGGCCAUCCGGACCUGUUUUCAAGUUAGUUGACGGUGCUUUUUAGUUCCUGAAUGAAAUCUGGAUUGGCAGGAUUGGUGGGGAUAACUACAGACUGAAUUUCAUGAAUUCCUGUCGCAUUUGACAUUGAGUGUUUACGCUUGGAUCUUUAGGUUUACCGCUACAGGAUCCAAGGUUUCUGUUGUCUGAUACUGUUCAGAUGGGUUUCUGUACCCUAAUAAUGUGGUAUUUUUAGUGUGGUGAAUUGUAUGAGCUGUGUGAUUUGUCUAUGAACUUUGUCGUACUGGUUUUCCUGAUGGCCGCCUCUACAAAUAACACCUAAAAGGUCACAAUUUCUUCAAAAUAGAGUAUUUCUCUACUCUCAAUGUGAACGUUUUUGUCCUUUUGAGAUCAUCUCUUGCUUGCUUUCAUGGGGAAAAAGAAACCUGCAUCAUAGGCUAUCUAAAUAUCAAAGAAGAUCAGCGAGGAGUUCUUUUAUUGAAUGAUCCAAAGUGCAUUUGGUGCUCUGUCAGUUAUUAUGCUUUAUGACAGUGUUCAGUAUCUCAGGGCACUGAUCAAGGAGCCAAGUGCUUUGUGUGGUGAUCUCUGGGUAAAAUCAGAUCGGAGCUAUAGUGUCUUGUCCCCUUUGUUACCAAAUGAUUUGUGCAAAGAAAUGAGGAAAAGACUUGUUCAUCCAUUUCGGUGUGAUUCAAAUAAUAAUGUAAUGAUUCUGCGAGUUCUCCUGUACUACAGUUUUGGCUCUUUUUUUUUUUUUAAACUUCAGAUUGGAAACUGAAUUUUGAAUAUGACCCUUAUCUAGUCCCCCUUAAUGUUGAAUGUAUUUCAGUAUCUGAAUUGCACUGAAGACUAAAGUCUUAAGAAACCAUCACG